CUUAAGCGAGUGCAAAACAAGAUAUCUGUCUAUUUCUCUAUAUUUAAAUUGUGUUUGCUGAUUAAUAACUUUUUUGUAUUUCUAGAAAAAUUACAUUUUAGAUAUAAAUGAAUUUGUUAUAUAUUUACGUAGAGCAAUGUUAUCGAAAUCAACAUGUGUGAUUUUGAAUUUUUCUGUCAAAUUACAGAAUCUCCGAGUUAAUUUUCCUGUAACAACAUGCGUAUGUUGUAUAACAAAUUCUACGAAAUCUUUUUCCGACAGACGUUUAAAUUUAAAGACUAAUUUUGCAUUUCGCGCUGAAUUUCGUAAAGCUGUAUCCCAAAACGAAAAUUUAGCGGGAAGAGUACUAUCCGGAGAAUUGAAACCAACAAGGAAGGACUCAUUCGUUGGAAAGCAAAAAAAGGAAAAAAAAAUCACACAUCUAUCUUAUCAAGGUGAGCUUCUCUUUGGUAUUCAUCCUGUUUAUCUGGCAUUGCUUCAGAGGAAAAGAAUCUUUUAUCAACUUUUUAUGCGAAACUGUACCAACAAAUCGUCUGAUCAGGAAAACAUUCAAGAAAGACAAAAGAUCAAAGCAUUAGCUAUAAAUCUGAAAGUACCUAUAAAUACUGUAGACUCUAAAGAUUUAAAAUAUUUAGUUCCUGGUGCAGUGCAUCAAGGAGUCUGUCUUGAUGUUGGACGAUUACCAUUGUUAGAGUGGAAAGAAAAUGCAUCAGAACCUGGUGUAUCCAAUGAUAUCCCUUUCUGGCUAGUGUUAGAUGAAAUUUUGGAUCCAAUGAAUGUAGGUGGAAUUAUCAGAUCUGCUUAUUAUUUUGGAAUUCAAAAACUUUUUGUGGUUAGGGAAAACAGUUGCAGAUUGUCACCAGUUGUCAGCAAAGCAAGUUCUGGUGCUCUUGAAGUUAUCAAUAUAUAUCAGAUUAGGAUACUUGAAGAUUUCAUAAAGACUAGAAAAACAGAAGGAUGGUGUAUUGUUUGUACUACAGCGUACUGUGAUGAUAAAGAAGAAAAUACAGAAUCCACUUUCCCAGUUGUAGAUGUUUCAGAAUUCAGUCUAUCUAAACCUACAAUUCUAAUUUUAGGUAAUGAAAGCAAAGGGGUAUCAUCUGCUGUUAAAAAACUCUGUGAUAAUUUUAUUUCCAUUUAUCCUAAGCAAGCACUACAUAAAGGAAUCGAUUCAUUGAAUGUAUCUGUUGCAGCAGGUGUAAUAUUACAUUCUCUUUCACAGUCUGCUAGCAUUAAAAGGUGAUAGAUUGAAAGACGGGAAUUAUCUAUGCAUUUCAUGAAAAAAAUUGGUGAAGUUUUGUUCGUUACUUAUAAAAGAAAGCCAUACCUGAAAAAUAUUUUUAAAUGGUAUUUUUUUUUUUUUUUUUAAUUUAGCUGUUUUGCUGCAGUGGACUUAUAAAUUGAAAGAAAAUUAAAAGAAUAAGACUAGCAAUGAUGAUUUUUAAAUCUGCGAUAUAAGAAGUGCUCCAUCACAUGUGUAAAAUGGAAAAUUGUUAUCAUUUUACUCAAGCCUAAACAGUUAUUGCUAUACUGGAUUUCUGUUAAGUAAGAUUUUUCUACAUCUAAGCUGCCAUUAAAAUUUACAUCAUUAUCUCAUUAUUUCUCAAUGUCAAAUUAUAAAGUAUUUCAGUUUAUUGAAUAUGAAUAUUUUUUCUUUAGAGUUACAUAUGUUUAGAUAUAUCUAUGUAAUUAAUUUUCAUAUUGCAUUUAAAAAUUUGAAAAAUGGUUUUAAAUCAAACAUUUAUCACCUUUGCAAACAGAUUCAGCAUGCAUUUUCUGUUGCAAUUUAUUUCUUUUAGUAAGUCUGAAUACUGUAUACUUUUAUGUUUUUAAAUAUCACAUACUGAAGAAAGUACAGACAUUUCUACAUUUGUAUUGAAGUUAUUAACUAGGUACCAAUUUUUUCAGUCAGUAUCUAUGGAACCUUGAAAAUAUUUAUUAAGUAUUGUAAAGAGUAAUAAAAAAGUUAAAUGUCAAAAUUAUUAUAUGUAAA